AUGGCCCAGUGGAACCAGUUGCAGCAGCUGGACCCCAGAUACCUGGAGCAGCUGUACCACCUGUACAGUGACAGCUUCCCGAUGGAGCUGCGGCAGUUCCUUGCCCCUUGGAUCGAGAGCCAGGACUGGGCCUACGCUGCCAACAAAGAGUCCCACGCCACCCUGGUGUUCCACAACCUCUUGGGGGAGAUUGAUCAGCAGUACAGCCGGUUCCUGCAGGAGAGCAACGUCCUUUACCAGCACAACCUGAGGAGGAUCAAGCAGCAUCUGCAGAGCAAGUACCUAGAGAAGCCUAUGGAGAUUGCCCGCAUUGUGGCCCGCUGCUUGUGGGAAGAGCAGCGCCUGCUGCAGACGGCCACCACGGCCUCCCAGGAUGGACAGGCUGCCCACCCCACAGGAACAGUUGUGACCGAGAAGCAGCAGAUGCUUGAGCACAGCCUACAGGAUGUCAGGAAGAGGGUACAGGAUAUGGAGCAGAAGAUGAAGAUGCUAGAAAACCUGCAGGAUGACUUUGACUUUAACUACAAAACCUUGAAAAGCCAAGGAGAACUGUCACAGGACUUGAACGGCAACAGCCAGGCCGCAGCCACCCGCCAGAAAAUGGCCCAGCUGGAGCAGAUGCUCACAGCCCUGGACCAGCUCAGAAGGCAAAUUGUGACAGAGAUGGCAGGGCUGCUGUCGGCGAUGGAAUUUGUGCAGAAGAACCUGACGGAGGAGCUGGCCGAGUGGAAAAGAAGGCAACAGAUUGCCUCGAUUGGAGGAACCCCCAAUAUCUGCCUGGAUCGUCUGGAGAACUGGUUUACAUCCUCGGCCGAGUCCCAACUGCAGAUCCGACAGCAGAUCAAGAAGCUGGAGGAGCUGCAGCAGAAAGUGUCCUACAAGGGAGACCCUAUUAUCCAGCAUCGGCCAGCUCUGGAAGAGAAGAUUGUGGACCUCUUCCGAAACCUCAUGAAGAGUGCGUUUGUGGUGGAGCGUCAGCCUUGUAUGCCCAUGCAUCCAGACCGGCCUUUGGUCAUCAAAACCGGUGUUCAGUUCACCACCAAAGUGAGGCUACUGGUGAAAUUUCCGGAGUUGAAUUACCAGCUAAAAAUCAAAGUCUGCAUUGACAAAGAAUCGGGGGAUGUUGCUGCUCUGCGCGGGUCACGAAAGUUCAACAUACUGGGUACUAACACGAAAGUGAUGAACAUGGAGGAGUCCAACAAUGGCAGUCUCUCUGCGGAGUUCAAGCACUUGACUUUGAGGGAGCAGAGAUGCGGGAAUGGUGGAAGGACCAGCAGUGAUGCCUCUUUGAUUGUGACAGAGGAACUCCACCUUAUAACUUUUGAAACUGAGGUCUACCACCAAGGGCUGAAGAUUGACUUAGAGACGCAUUCCCUCCCAGUCGUCGUGAUCUCCAACAUCUGUCAGAUGCCGAAUGCCUGGGCCUCAAUCCUGUGGUACAACAUGCUCACCAACCACCCGAAGAAUGUGAACUUCUUCACCAAACCGCCGGUGGCCACAUGGGACCAGGUGGCUGAAGUUCUGAGCUGGCAGUUCUCCUCGACCACCAAGCGAGGCCUCAACAUCGAGCAGCUCACCACCCUGGCAGAGAAACUCUUGGGGCCAUGUGUGAACUACUCGGGGUGCCAGAUAACCUGGGCAAAGUUCUGCAAAGAAAACAUGGCUGGCAAAGGCUUCUCCUUCUGGGUCUGGCUGGACAACAUCAUUGACUUGGUGAAGAAGUACAUCCUGGUAUUGUGGAAUGAAGGGUACAUCAUGGGCUUCAUCAGCAAGGAGCGGGAGCGGGCCAUCCUGAGCACCAAGCCCCCCGGCACCUUCCUGCUACGCUUCAGUGAGAGCAGCAAGGAAGGUGGCAUCACCUUCACCUGGGUGGAGAAGGACAUCAACGGAAAGACUCAGAUUCAGUCUGUGGAGCCGUACACCAAACAGCAGCUCAACAGCAUGUCCUUCGCCGAGAUCAUCAUGGGCUACAAGAUCAUGGAUGCCACCAGCAUCCUGGUUUCCCCACUCGUCUACCUCUACCCAGAGAUCCCUAAGGAAGAGGCAUUUGGGAAGUACUGCAGAACCGAGGCCGCUGAGUCUGACCCGACUGACCCAGGUAGUGCUGUACCAUACCUGAAAACAAAGUUCAUCUGCGUCACCCCGUGCCCCUCCGUGUUCAUGGACUUGCCGGACAGCGAGCUCCUGGCGAAUGGAUUCCCCGGUACAAACUCGGGAAACACUAGUGACCUGUUCCCCAUGUCCCCUCGCACCCUGGACUCAUUGAUGCACAAUGAGGGGGCUGAAGCCAACCCUGGCCCCUUGGAAUCCCUCACUCUAGACAUGGACUUCAGCUCUGACGCAGCUUCGCCCAUGUGAGGACCAGACAAGAGCCAUUGGCCCACAGGAUGGAUGAACACUUGUCUCAAGCUGUUGUCCUUCACUCACUGAUUACCUAGCAUACUGCAGCCUUGUGAUGGCAAGAAGCCUAUUACAUCAUGGUUCUUUUUUUUCUUUUUUUCUUUUUUUACUCUUCAAACAUUACUAAACAUUGCAUAUCAAGGAAGCUACACUUCUUUUUUUAUAGCUAUAAAACUGGAUAAUCAGUACAUUAUAUACAUCUGUUACUGGUAUCAGCAAUGUCUCCCAAACGUCUUUCUCUCAUAAUGGUAAGAAAUGUAUGAAAUAUAUAUAUAUAUAUAUUAUUUUUUUAAAACGUUAUGGAUAUUUGGCAUUGUAUUCUUUUACUCUUGGAGCUAAAGUCUUUUAAGAUCUGCAGGACUCGCGGGGGACGGCAGGAGACAGAACAUGGCAAGCAGUUGUUUGUUAAACAGUCUUCACCAGUUUCGCAAGUUACCAAUUGAAGAAGCAUUUUUCAUGGGUAAUUUCAAACCAUUCUGAGUUGUUUCCUGUCACUGCCCCCCACAUGGCCACUCUCUGCUAGCGGGUUUCCUGCUGUGAAUGACUGGCUUGGGAGCAUUUGUGUGUAGCUGCUAGCCAGGCGUGUCAUGGUUGUGGGAGGUGCCACUUUGGCGCCCAUAACGGCCUCUUCGGCUAUUGGAAUGGCCAAUCAGUAUUUGUUCAACUGUAUGGUCUGCGGUUUGUCCUUUUCUAUGUUGUUUUUCCGUCUUGCCGUCUUUUAAUCACCUUUUGUGUAAUUUCAGUCUAUCAAGACUGUGUAGGGUUCUGUUUUGUGUUUCCCUUUCUCUGAAACAACCUGGUCCCAAGACGACAGGAUUGUGAGGCAUUUACGGUUUGUUCCAACGACGGGUCUGGGUAUUGUGGGCUUUCAUACACUAUACUGCUUUUUAAAUGCCAUAUUUUAAAAUGACUUCAGUACUGUUCAUGUCAAGCAGGAAAAAUAAAGCUGCAUGGUCAAAAAUCAAUGCUCAGUUUAUAAUCCUAUUAUUAAAAUAUUGACCUUAAUAUAAA